ACUUGAAAAUGUAUGUAGGACAAGUGUUUUUGGCCAAAUUUGUGUGGCGUAUCAGGCGUCGCAUUGAUCUAAGGGGAUUCAGAGACCUGAUCAACCUCUUUCUUCCCUGAACCUUGUAUGUGAGGUGACUUCUAAGUUGACUGGACUAGGUCUAUUUUUUUUAUUUAAUUUGGUUCAGAUUGUGUCAGUAGCAGACAUACUAUGUGUUCUUUACAGUCCCGAGACUCCACUUUAUCAGGAUGUUGGUGAAUUUCAGGAGGGGUGAAUGUAACCAGGUUGAAAUUAUACCUUUACUUUUAUGGUUGAAAUAUCACCAAAUCCUGAUGAACAUUGUUUUAUAGAUGUUUAAGAUGUGUUUUAUUGCUUAUAUGCAUGCCUAGAUGUUGUUUCCAGGUUAUGUUGUUAAUACCUGUACUGUCACUUUAAGAGGUCGUCAUUAAUGUGCUUCUCUCAGUCUGCGCCACCUUAGCUGAGAGGAGGAGCUUGAAAUCAAUGUACUGCGUGGAGGAGACUGCAUGUGACGAGUUUUAUGUAUUUUUUUGUUGAUUUGUACAGAUAAAUCCGCUGUUCUGCCUUCAUUAAAAGGGCAACCAGCAGUUGGUCGUGGUUUGAGUCUUCAUUCAACACUACAAGAACACAACGCAGAAUAAAUAAGGGUUGAUGGACGUGCAUUAAAUUUAACACAAACAGUUAAGACAAGGCACGCCCGUUACAUGAGGUUGGGAUUUCAGGAGACAUGCCGUCCAAUAAGAGUGUCUCUGAUGCCCCGAUAACACAGUAUGUGAACUGCAGGAUCCUGAAAGACCACAAGCUGCAAAGGGAAGACCUGUGGGUUCGGGAGGGAAAGAUCCUCAACCCAGAGAAACUGUUCUUUGAUGAGGAAGGAUUCGCAGAUCAUAAAGUUGACUGCGGGAAUAAAAUCAUUGCACCCGGGUUCAUAGACGUACAGAUAAAUGGUGGAUAUGGCAUAGACUUCUCACAGGCCAGCAGUGACAUCAGAGGAGGCUUGGCUGUGGUGGCCAAAAAGAUUCUAGAGCAUGGUGUCACGUCGUUCUGCCCGACCCUCGUCACAUCUCCACCAAACAUAUACCAUCAGGUGAUCCCACUGUUCAGAGUUCAGGAUGGAGGACCUGAAGGGGCCGGAGUUUUAGGCGUGCACCUUGAAGGACCAUUUAUAAGUAAAGAGAAGAGAGGCGCCCACCCUCCUCAGUUCCUCCGCACUUUUAAAGCAGGAGGUGUGGCCGACCUGAUGGAGACCUAUGGGCCCCUGGAGAAUGUUGCCAUAGUGACACUUGCACCAGAACUGGCCAAUAGUGAAGCAGCAAUCCGUGAACUGGCAGGAAGAGGCAUAGCAGUGUCAGUAGGCCACUCUAUGGCUGAUCUCUCUCAGGCGGAAGAGGCUGUGCUGAAUGGAGCCUCAUUCAUCACGCACUUAUUUAAUGCCAUGUUGCCUUUUCAUCAUCGGGACCCAGGUAUUGUAGGAUUGCUUACAAGUGAUCGCAUACCGCCCGGACGGACAGUUUACUACGGUAUGAUUGCAGACGGGAUACACACACACCCUGCUGCACUGCGCAUCACACACAGAGCUCAUCCUGCAGGUUUGGUGUUGGUCACUGAUGCUGUGACAGCGAUGGGUCUCCCACCUGGUCGACACACACUUGGACAGCAGCAGAUAGACAUCCAGGGCCUUCAUGCCUACGUUGCAGGCACUACAACUUUGUGUGGCAGCAUUGCUACUAUGGACAUGUGUGUAAGACACUUCAGAGAGGUGUCAGGUUGUACCCUAGAAGCUGCGUUAGACGCUGCAUCGCUGCAUCCUGCACAGCUUCUGGGUGUCAGUCGCAGAAAGGGAACACUGGAAUACGGCUCAGAUGCAGAUUUUGUAGUGCUUGAUGACACACUGACUGUGAGAGAAACUUACAUUGCUGGACAGCAGGUCUGGAGGAAGUGACAUCAUCUAGUGGACUGCCUUCUGAUUGGCCCGAUAGAGAAGCCUUUUCUAUCA